AUGAGAGUAGAGGCUGAAGAAAGUUCCAAGAUUAGCAUGCUAGAGCAAAGGCUAAGGGCUGUGGAAGGAUUUAGCUUCUAUGGGUCAGUAGAUGCCGCUGGGCUCUGCUUAGUUCCUGAUGUGGUUAUCCCCCAUAAGUUCAAGGUACCAAAAUUUGAAAAAUAUGAUGGUACAAAGUGCCCCAAAACCCACAUCACCAUGUAUUGCAGGAAGAUGGCAGCUCAUGCACAGGAUGAGAAACUCUUGAUGCAUGUUUUCCAAGACAGUCUUACUGGCUCUGCGGCCAGAUGGUAUGUUCAGCUGGACAGGACUCGCAUUCGCUCGUGGAGCGAUAUGGCACAUGACUUUAUCAGUCAAUACCGACAUAUCAUCGAUUUGGCUCCAGAUCGUUUGUCUUUACAGAAUCUGGAGAAAAAGACAAACGAAUCUUUUAAAGAGUAUGCCCAGAGGUGGAGAGAUAUUGCUUCUCAGGUACAGCCUCCUCUGACCGAGAAAGAAACUACAGUGCUAUUUGUUAGCACUUUAAAACCUCCCUAUUAUGAAAAGAUGAUAGGGAAUGCAACAAAGAAUUUUGCCGAUAUGGUAAUUUCAGGAGAAAUCAUUGAGAGUGCCAUCAAGAAUGGCAAGGUUGAAGAGCAUGAGCGCCAUGUGAAGAAAAAAGUGGUAGAUAUUAAGACACCUUUCGAUCAAUUGUUUGAUGAGGUCUACGAAGAAAAAGAAAGCUUGAAGAAUGCUGAGGUGUGCAUGAAUGAUAGGCCUGAAAAGCUGUUUCCCAAACCAGUGACAAUUCGGUGUGGAAACAAACCAAAAUCAGUCAUAGACAAGCUCCUCCCUAGGCCGGUAACUUUUAAAGUCCCGACUCCUUUCCCAUACAAAGAUGAUAAAGCUGUACCCUGGAGAUAUGGAUGUGACGCUGUAGUGCAGGGGCAAAAAGAAGAGGUCUCCAAAGCCGAUGCUUCUAACAUUACUGGUGUAGGAGGCAUUACUCGAAGUGGGAGAUGUUACACCCCAGAAAUGCUAGAGAAGGCUAGAAGAGAGAAGGCUAAAGAAGGAGAAAGACGAAAUAAUCCAGAGAUAGAGCCUGAAGAAGAUCAGCCAAAGCCAGUAUCAGAAAGGGAGGUUUGUGAAUUCCUGAAGCUGGUAAAACAUAGUGAAUAUUCAGUUGUGGAACAGUUGAAUAAAAUGCCAGCUCGAAUCUCAUUGUUAUCACUGUUGCUGAACUCAGAGCCACAUCGGAAUGCCUUGCUGAAAGUGUUGAAUCAGGCAUACGUGGCACAUAACGUGUCUGUCGAAUAUGUGAAUCACUUGGCUGGAAACUUAGUCAUGCCAAAUCACAUUUCAUUCAGUGAUGAUGAGAUUUCUUUGGAGGGAAAGAGAAAUGCUAAGGCCUUGCAUAUCACAGUAAAGUGCCAGAGCCAUAUCAUAGCUAAAGUCCUUAUCGAUAAUGGUUCUGCCAUCAAUGUCAUGCCUAUGUCAACUUUGGCAAGGCUACCCAUCGAUUAUUCUCAUAUGCGAGAUAGUCAGAUGAUUGUGAGAGCCUUUGAUGGAACCAAAAAAGAAGCUGGGGAUAUUGAGAUGCCCUUACAAAUUGGGCCGUGCACCUUCAAUAUAAAAUUUCAAGUGAUGGAUAUCUCUCCAUCCUACAGCUGUCUGUUAGGAAGGCCAUGGAUUCACAUGGCAGGAGCUGUACCCUCUACUUUGCAUCAGAAGAUCAAAUUCAAUGUGAAAGGUCAAUUAGUAGUGGUAGUUGGGGAGGAAGACAUGCUAGUGACCCAACCAUUGAACACUCCAUAUGUAGAGGCUGCCGAAGAAGCAUUGGAAUGCUCCUAUCGAUCUUUUGAAUUGGUCAAUACUGUAGGUGAAGGAUUUCAAAGUCAGCCUUUUUCAAAGAUAGUGGUGAGCCAAGUCAUCAACAAAGGCUGGUGUCCAGGACUAGGGCUAGGCAAAAAUUUACAAGGGAAUCAAAGAACCUCCAACAAUAUUGCAAAGGAAAGUGUGGAAGACGAUUUUGCCCAGUUAGCCAUUAAUGUUGUUGAAGAUGAAAUGGGAGCUAAUCAAGAGGAGUGGGAAGAGAAUUUUGAAGAAUAUGUUAUGCCUCCGGACCUAAUGAGGAUGGUUGAACAAGAGAAUAAGCCAAUUGAGCCUCAUCAGGAGGUAGUGGACUUAGUGAAUCUAGGAGAUGAAGAGAAUAAGAAAGAGGUCAGAAUAGGUACUUCACUUACAUCUGAAGAUAGGCGACGGUUGGCAGAUCUACUUCGUGAAUUUGUAGAUAUAUUCGCUUGGUCUUACCAGGAUAUGCCAGGACUGAGCACAGAGAUAGUGGAGCACAGAUUGCCCCUAAAGCCAGAAUGUAAGCCAGUUCAGCAAAAACUGAGACGGAUGAAGCCCGAAAUGCUGCUAAAGAUUAAAGAGGAGGUGAAGAAACAAUUUGAUGCAGGUUUUCUACAAGUGGCCAAGUAUCCAGAAUGGGUAGCCAAUAUAGUCCCAGUUCCUAAGAAAGAUGGAAAAGUACGAAUGUGUGUGGACUAUCGGGACUUGAAUAAGGCUAGCCCAAAGGAUAACUUUCCUUUGCCUCAUAUUGACACACUGGUAGAUAACACAGCUAAGCAUUCAAUUUUCUCCUUUAUGGAUGGUUUCUCAGGGUAUAAUCAGAUAAAGAUGGCUGCAGAUGAUAUGGAAAAGACUACUUUUGUGACCAUGUGGGGAACUUUCUGCUACAAAGUCAUGCCUUUUGGGUUAAAGAAUGCUGGGGCAACAUAUCAAAGGGCCAUGGUAACACUCUUCCAUGAUAUGAUGCACAAAGAAAUCGAAGUGUAUGUAGAUGAUAUGAUUGCAAAGUCUUGUGGGGAUGAAGAUCAUGUCACCAGCCUCAGAAAGUUAUUUGAGAGGUUGAGAAAAUUUCAGCUAAAAUUAAACCCAGCCAAGUGCACCUUUGGGGUAAAGUCAGGGAAGUUGCUAGGCUUCGUGGUCAAUGAAAGAGGAAUUGAAGUCGAUCCCGACAAGAUACGAGCCAUCCAAAAUUUGUCACCUCCUAGCACACUAAAAGAAGUUCGAGGUUUUUUGGGUAGAUUGAACUACAUUUCUCGGUUCAUCUCUCAGCUUACUUACAAAUGUGAUCCCAUCUUUAAGCUUCUCCGUAAGAAUAAUCCUGGAAAGUGGAAUGAAGAAUGUCAAAAGGCGUUCGAUAAAAUCAAGCAAUAUUUAUCGAACCCUCCAGUAUUGGUGCCACCUGUUUCAGGAAAACCUUUAAUUUUGUACCUAACUGUAUGUGAAAGUUCAAUGGGAUGUGUGCUGGGGCAGCAAGACGAAGCUAGCCGAAAGGAGAGAGCUAUUUACUACCUGAGUAAAAAGUUCACAGAAUAUGAAUCCAAGUAUUCUUCACUGGAGAAAAUGUGUUGUGCAUUAGCGUGGACUGCCAAAAGACUCAGACAGUAUAUGCUUUAUCACACUACGUGGCUCAUAGCAAAACUGGAUCCCAUUAAGUAUAUCUUCGAGAAGCCUUCUUUGUCUGGAAGAAUUGCUAGAUGGCAAGUAAUGCUCUCGGAAUAUGAUAUUAUAUAUAUGAGCCAAAAAGCAAUAAAAGGGAGCGCUAUAGCAGAAUUUCUUGCAGAUCGCGCUACUGAAGAGUAUGAGCCGAUGAAGCUAGAAUUUCCUGAUGAAGACUUAAUGACUAUUUCUCAACUGGAGGAAGGGCAUGUAGAAAAAUGUUGGAGAAUGUACUUUGAUGGAGCUGCUAAUGCCUUGGGACAUGGAAUUGGGGCAAUUCUGAUUUCUCCAGAAGAACGAUAUUAUCCUGUAACAGCGAGGUUAAAUUUCAAUUGCACAAAUAACAUCGCUGAGUAUGAGGCAUGUGUUAUGGGUUUGCAAGCUGCUAUAGAAAGAAGAGUAAAAGCACUGAAAGUGUUCGGAGACUCAGCUCUAGUUAUAUACCAGUUGAAACGAGAAUGGGAGACGAGAGAUUCAAAACUCGUUCCGUAUCAUAAGUAUAUUCUAGAGUUGACGAAACAAUUUGAAGAUGUCCAGUUCGAUCACUUACCUCGAGAAGAAAAUGUGAUUGCUGAUGCAUUGGCUACUCUGGCUGCAAUGAUUCGAAUUAAUGAUGACACCGACAUUCAGCCCAUCAAGUUAGAUGUUAAGGAUAUACCAGCGUAUUGUUCUAAUGUAGAGGGGGAAGAAGAUGGAAAACCCUGGUAUUAUGACAUCUUACAAUAUGUCAAGGAUCAGCAGUAUCCAGUUCAUGCAACAGAAAAUGAUAAAAGGGUCAUCCGAAGAUUGGCUAUGAGCUUUUUCCUGGAUGGGGAUAUCCUUUACAAAAGAAGCAAGGAUCAAGUACUAUUGAGGUGUGUAAAUGAGACUGAAGCGAAAAAAAUCAUUGAAGAGGUGCAUGAUGGAAUAUGUGGGGCACAUACUAGUGGACAUAUGAUGGCAAGACAGAUUAUGAGAGCGGGAUAUUACUGGUUGACGAUGGAGAAUGAUUGCAUUGAUUAUGCUCGUAAAUGCCAUAAAUGCCAGAUAUAUGCUGAUAAGAUUCAUGCUCCGCCGUCUGCUUUACAUGUUAUGGCACCACCAUGGCCAUUUUCAAUGUGGGGCAUGGAUGUCAUUGGUCCAAUCACCCCAAAGGCUUCUAACAGGCACAGAUUCAUUUUUGUGAUGAUAGAUUACUUCACAAAAUGGGUAGAAGCAGCUUCAUAUGCAAACGUGACACACUCCGUGGUUUGCAAGUUCAUAAAAAAGGAGAUUAUCUGUAGAUAUGGACUUCCAGAGAAAAUCAUUUCAGACAAUGCCAAGAAUCUAAAUAGCAAGAUGAUGCAAGAAAUAUGUGCUCAAUAUAAGAUCAAGCAUCAUAACUCGGCACCAUACCGUCCAAAAAUGAAUGGGGCAGUUGAGGCAGCCAAUAAGAACAUAAAGAGGAUUUUGGAAAAAAUGACCGAGACUUACAAAGAUUGGCAUGAGAAGUUACCAUUCGCAUUGCAUGCAUACCGAACGUCAGUUCGCACCUCUACUGGGGCAACCCCAUUUUCUUUGGUUUAUGGGAUGGAAGCUGUACUACCAGUGGAAGUAGAGAUCCCCUCUUUGAGAGUUUUAAAAGAAGUUGAGUUAGAAGAAGCCGAAUGGAUUCGUGAACGUUAUGAGCAGUUAAAUUUCAUAGAAGAGAAGAGAUUGACUGCACUGUGCCAUGGUCAGUUAUACCAAAGAAGAAUGAUGAGGGCUCAUGAUAAGAAGACUCGGCCUCGUUGCUUUCGAGAAGGAGAGUUGGUUUUGAAAAGAAUUCUCCCAAUCCAGCACGAUAGUAGAGGAAAAUGGACUCCGAAUUGGGAAGGGCCGUAUGUGGUGAAACGGGCUUUUUCGGGUGGAGCAUUGAUACUGACUGAGAUGGAUGGAAACGAUUUACCCCAUCCUGUAAAUUCUGAUGCUGUGAAGAAAUACUAUGCUUGA